UGUGACCCUAUAACCUCAUGAAUAAUUCAUGCCAGAAUUGUUAGAAGGAGGCUACGGAUUGUAGGUUUGAGAGUCUUGAACAUGUCGGACAGAGAGAGUGGAGAUGAGCAGCAGGCCCAGGGAGAGAUUGAAGGACAAAUCAAGAAAGAAGAUGAAGCCGUAUCUGGGGAGCAGGAGUUGGCCACGCGGACUCUUACCAUCCAGUCCAAGCGCUUUUAUCUGGAUGUGAAACAGAACAGGCGCGGUCGCUUCAUCAAAAUUGCAGAGGUUGGUGCAGGUGGGAAGAAGAGUCGUCUUCUUCUGGCCAUGUCCUCUGCUGCAGAGUUCCGAGACCACUUAACAGAGUUCAGUGAUCACUACUCAUCAUUGGGUCCACCAAAUCCUGAAAACCUGCCUGAAGAUGGUAAAUUGAAGAGUGAGGUGAUGACCAAGGACAAUAAGAGAUACUAUCUCGAUCUCAAGGAAAACCAACGGGGAAGGUUCCUUAGGGUAGCGCAGACUGUGCAAAGAGGUGGCCCACGUUCCCAGAUCGCAAUCCCGGCACAGGGCCUUAUAGAGUUCCGCGAUGCUCUCACUGAUCUCCUUGAUGAGUUUGGCACUGAUGACCAUGAGGGGCAGAGUGACCUGCCAGAGAGCAAGUACCUGAGAGUGGAGAACAAAGUGUUCUACUUCGAUGUUGGUUCGAACAGAAGGGGAGUCUAUCUUAGAGUCUCUGAGGUUCGGUCCAACUAUCGGACUUCGAUCACCAUUCCAGAGCGAUCCUGGGGGCGAUUUCGCGACAUGUUGUCUGAGUUCACGGACCGAGGUCAAGACGGAGGUCACUAGAUGACCUGGGGCAUGUCACCAGCAGGAAUGUGCUUUGUGGAGGGAUCAGUCAUUGUUUGAAGGAUAGAUGUCAUUGAAUUUUGAUUUAUUGCUAUUGUAAAUGAUAAGCUCUGGUUCCAAGUUUGUGUUGUUUGUGAUACCCUAACUUUGAAAAAAAAUGACUGAUUAACAUUACUCUUACAUGCAUCUUAACAUGUGGGUUCCAGAGCAGGAUUGCUUUGAAUACCGGAUUGAAAAAUGUUGAAGAAAGAAGUUUUAAUGCAGCUGACCUCGAGGACAAAGUAAUAUGGAGGAAGAUAUUAAUGAAUGAAGAUACAAAGAAGUUUAACUGGAAAGAAAGACUUGUGAAACAAAAUAACUGCAUAUCAGUACAAUGAAGAUGGCAGAUGAAAACUGGCCAUUCACCAUUGCGUUCAUCCGUCAUGAUCGUUUUCAUUCAUUGAGCACAUUUCCUGCAGGACAGAGCACUAGCAGUGAGUGGACCGGCUUGUAGCAUAACGGGGUGGGGAUUUAUCUUUAUUGGAAGUCUGAUUUUGGUUUAGAUGUAGUGGUACUGUAAACUGAUGUAUUGUACUGACAUUGGCUUGAUUGUGAGAGUUUCUGGCACUGGGUCGCACAUGGGUAUUUGUGAGUGAACAAUAGUCGGUAUGGACACCUGAUAGCACUGUUUGGAUAAGUUCUUAUUUCGUCAACAUUUGUUAUGUACUGAGACCAUAUUUCAACUUAUCAUUCUGAAUGUUUUUGGAAAGUUGGAAGUCCUUUUACUUAAAUAGUACUUUGUUGAAAAUUUAUCACAUUGUUUGGUUUAAAAACAAAAACAGUUUUAUUUUUGGUCUGAAAACAGGAAGCACUUUUGUUUGAUAGAUAGUUAUAAGUUUAAGUCUCAGCUAUAUUGCGUACAACUGUAUCAUGAGGAUAAAUUAUCUUUGUCUCUGAAACGGGUCUAAGUAAGCACAUGUUCUAGAUUAAACCACUAGAACAUGAUUUGCUACUUCCAUCUUUACACAGAACAAAAGGUUUUGAAUAAUUCUUCAUCAAAUGAUAGUCACAUUAAUUUAAUUACUUGAGUGUUAAGAAAACAAUUUUAAAUGUACAUAGUUUAUUUUAAAAUCCUUUAACUUAAGUAGUUAAAGAUGAUCUUUCGAUAAGUGUUAUGAAUUCUGUUAGUGAUUUGAAUUGUUUUACCUUGCAUUUGUUAAUAAUGUUGUUACUUGUUGAUUCUUGUUAUGAAUUGUUUUUUCUUGCACUGACCUCAUUUCAUGAUAGUUGAUGUAUUUCUUGCCUUCAUAAACUGAUGAUAGGACAUCGUCACAUGUUGAAAAAUGUAUGCAGCAAAUUAAUGUGUCUUCAUCUGUCAUCAGUAUGACAGUGGAAUAAGUGGUUUACUUGUUAUCAUUUAGGGUGUACUAAAAAAGAUUAGGCUAAGAACCAUUUCCCUAUCGCAGAGGUAAUACUCUGUUGAAGAAAAUCCUGCUGCCCACCACACUCGGGCAUCAUUGACACAUGUUUUACAACAGAUGACAUAAUGGCUGUUCUAUGUUUACAUGAAUUUUGAAGCAAGAAAUAUUGGUGCUGGAAUUUAAUCAUAAAUCAUGACCAUUUUUAAACAAUUCUGCACAUGUAGCAAGGAUUCAUAAAGUGAAGUGAGGUCGGUGUAAGUGGGAACUGUUAGUUACAUACUCAUCUCAGUUUGUAUUUACUGUGAACAUUCAGGCUGCUUGUGAACAAAGAGUAGCCCUAGCCCGCACGCUGCUUUCUGUACGCCAUUAUAGUACAGAUGCACUUUCACUAAGCUCAUGUAGGGUGAAAACACAUCAGGGCUAGAAGUAUGUCCUUGGUUUUCUGAAUUAUAGUGAAUGAAUGCUUAGCAUUGUCUUAAAAUUUAAGGUUAAGGAUUUGUUUACGUUAUAUUUUUGAAACAGCUUUGAUUUAAACAAAAAAUCUUGAUAAGCUGAAAGAAACUUGAAGUAUGCUUUUAUUCAAAUGGCAUGAGGAUUUCUGUUCAGUUACUUUAAAUUAAAUACUAUGUUUGUGUAACAUGAAAAAUAUUGCUUUUUUAUCUUCUGUUCUGUUGUGAAUCAAAAACUAACCAUUUUCAACCUUUGUCUAGUGACAGAAUUUAGCUCUUAGACCAGAUUUUUCAUAAUAUUAUUGUUUGCAAACUUUUCCUCUGUUACAAGUAGUAAAUUCAUGAACAUUUCUUCUGUUGGCACAUUUUACAUUGCAUUGUUUAUUUGCUGUUUACCUGUUUAAUUUGAAUGUUGGUUUAAGUUUGCUGCAAUAUAAUUAGGUCGUUAUGUUGUCUUCAUGGUAUAUCAUUACAAUGAUUAUGUCUCAGCUGUAAAACUCAUGAAAUGCUUUGCAAAAAUGUAUGAAAACAAUACCAUUUCAAUAGGAGCAUGGGCUCUGCUGAUUGUGUCAACAUUUAUUUAAAUAAGAUACAGUCCCUAACAUCAACAAUAAAUGUUAACCGUUAUUACGUGUAAUUGUAGCAUCGUACAUGGAUAAUUUAAUUACUGAUAACAAUUACGUUCCAACACACUCUUCAGAAAUAUCCUUUGUAUGGUAAUAAAAAUAAAGAUAAAAACAUGCACAAACAUACAAUAUGCUGUAACAAAUACUUCUGGCAGCUGCUUUAGUUCAUCAUUUUUAUGGAACAAUUAUUUUUGUACAGAACAACACUAUGAUUUAUUCUGAGGAGAUCAUUGGCAUAAAGAUUGUUUCUUUUCUAUAUCUUACAUGUUAAUCUAUUAAAUCCAUGAAGUUAGAA